CUGCUGUACAACACAACUAUGCGAGCCCCCGUCUGAGAAUGAGAUGAUGGCCAUAGAGGCAUUAUUGGUGUCCGAGUAUCUUGGUGUAAAUACCCCUUGACCGCUCGUUGAAUCCUUGGCCUCAUCUCCAAGUCGCCCUCAGCCACCAGUCAUCAUGGCUUCAUUACCUGAACCACACCGAACUACCGUCACCCGCCACUACAUCGACACUCGCCCCCUGGUUCCUUCAACCCCAAAACAGCCAUACAAUCUCCCUUUACUAUCUACUCUCCAAUUUCCAGACCAGGAAGCCAUCACGCGUUUCAUUCGUCCCGCUGACCGCUUUAUGUCCCUCGCCAGCGCCUUGCUCAAAUACUCGUUCAUUCAUAAGACCGCCCGUAUACCAUGGUCCAAAGUUCAAGUUUCUCGGACACCCGCUCCACACCGCCGGCCGUAUUGGUCGCCUCCCUCUUUCUGGGAUCCUGAUGGACUCAAGGGUGGGCUCGAAUUUAACGUUAGCCAUCAGGCUGGCUUGGUCGCCAUCAUCGGGUGUGAUACCCCCGCAUCACAAGUCCCAGGCCCAUCAUCCCCUGAGGCGACCACAGCCGAAAGCCUCGAUCGCCUUGACCUGACCGGCCACCAUCACCACUACCACUCACCCGAGUUUGAUCACCAUCAUCCACCAAACCAGGUCCGCCUUGGUGUCGACAUCGCUUGCACUGACGAAGACAAACGAACUCCAAAGGAUAUGACCACACAAGCCAAGUUUGACGAGUGGGUUGAAAUCUUUGGCGAGAUGUUCUCCGACCGAGAAAGGAGAGAUAUGAAACACGCCCCCAUCCAUCUCCCUGUGGUCGAACGCGAAGAGGGCGCUUGGCCUAGUGACAGCAGCGGUGGCAGCAGCGACGAAGAGUCUUCAGAUACGACAGCAGCCAAACUAAAGCGACAAAAGGAACUAGAGUCGACCAUUAUUGAGUUGAAAUUGCGUCGCUUCUACGCCUAUUGGGGAUUGAAGGAAGCCUACAUCAAAAUGGUCGGCGAAGGUCUCUUGGCGAGCUGGCUGAGAGAGCUGGAAUUCAUCAAUGUCGUCGCUCCCAAGCCCUGGUCCAUCCUGAAUGGUUAUUCCAGUCGGAGUCGGAGUCGAAGCCGUUCAAGAAGUCGAGCCAGAGAGUCGAGGAGCACGGACAUCAGCGGUGGUCACAGUCGCGUCUCAAGUGCUGCAAGCCCUAUUCUCCCAGACAUCAACACCCUGUUGAGUCCCAUCGAUGAUCGUCUUUCUCGCUCAGGCUUGGACAAUGCAGACGAGGAGACGAAAUGGACGGUUCCAGAGAAGGCCGAGAAGGGAAUGAAAACAUUGUUUCGAGGUGAAGAGAUUCAUGGUGUUGAAAUGUCGAUUGUGGCAUAUGAUGAUGAGUUCCUCAUCGCCACGGCUUUGAGAGGAGUGAAAGAGAUUGGCCAAAGACAGCUUACGCUUACCCCGUCAGGAUUCUCGCCCACGAGCAAUGCCGGGACAAGGCAGGACAGCAUCAAACAAGGACAAUGGGUCAAGCUAGACAUUAUAAGAGAUAUUAUGCCGUGCGCUGAAGGGAGAUGUGAGUGUCUGAACAAGGGCUGAUAUACUAGGUUCUCGAUAUAGACUUCAACUUUAGUUGCGAUACUAACAUUUAGACGUUUCACCUCUUGACA